ACUUUUCAGUAUCCAAAAGAUCUUUCCCUUUCCCAAUUAACGUCUUCUCCUCUCUUUUCUCAUUAAAAACUUUAGACUUUUCAGCAUCCAAAAGAUCUUUCCCUUUCCCAACGUGUUCUCCUCUCUCUUUUCUCAUAAAAAAACUUUUCAGCAUCCAAAAGCUCUCUUUAAUAUAUUAUUUCCAGUUUUUCUCUCAUCCCUCUUUUAUCUUUGUCUUUGAAUUGAUCUAUCCAUCCAAAGAAAGAUUUGUAGAUUUCUUUCUUCUACACUACACGAUUUCUGUACAGAAGAAAGACCCUGAAAGAUUAUCUGAGUGAGGAUGAGAUGUGCAAUAUAGAUCAAUUGAAGUUAAAGCUCUGCAAGAUUCAAGCUUUUUAUACAACUUAAGCAUAAACCAGGUUGUGUUUGGUGUGGUGUGUUUAUUUUGUUCAUUUGUUGUCUGUCACUUUCUAGAUUUAAGAGUUGCAGUAAAAAAUGAUUAGGAAGUAUGAAUCUGGAAGUCAAAAAAGAAAUAAAAUGAAAAAAAUAGAAAAAAUGAUUCAAACUCAAAGAGGAGCUCUUGAUAAGUUUUUUAAAACUAGUUCUUCAAUUGAAGAUCCAUCUAAUGAAUUAGUUCAUGAAUCACAACAACCAAUUGGUCAGGAAGAAGAAAUGAUAGGAAAUGAAGAGGUUGAUGCCCUCAUUGAGAAUGAAAAUAAUCAAGAAGAAAUGAGAGAGAAUGCUUUGAAUAUCUAUGAUCCAAGAAUUUGGGAUAACAUUGAUAACAAAACGAAGGAUAUUUUAGUAGAAAAGGGUCUUGUAAGAGAAAGUAAUCUCAAGUUUCCUGUGGAUGGGCUCUCUAGGCAUUUUUCAUACUCUUAUUAUACAAGAAAGUUAUCAAAUGGGGAGGGUCAAGAUAGAAAAUGGCUAGUGUACUCAAAAGAUGUGGACAAAGUAUAUUGUUUUUGUUGUAAGUUGUUUAAAUCUGUGAAAAUGAAAAGUUUGUUGGCAAAUGAAGGGCUUAAUGACUGGAAACGUUUAAGUGAGAGGCUUAAACAACAUGAAACUAGUAGUGAGCAUAUCAAUAACAUGAGAACUUGGAUUGACAUGCAAAUUAGAUUGAAAAAGAAUGAAACAAUUGAUAAAGAGCUACUAGUGCAAAUGAAAAAAGAGAAGGAACAUUGGAAAUUGGUUUUAGUAAGAAUAAUUUCUGUUGUGAGAUGUCUUGCUAAAAGAAAUUUAGCUUUUCGUGGAGAGAAUGAGAAAAUUUACCAAGAUAAUAAUGGUAACUUUUUGGGGCUGCUUGAAUUAAUUGCAGAAUUUGAUUUAGUAUUGCAAGAGCAUUUUAGACGUUUUCAAAAUAAUGAGAUUCAUUGUCACUAUCUUAGUCAUAAAAUUCAAAAUGAGUUUAUUGGUAUGUUAGGCUCCAAGGUUAGAAGUGCUAUAAUUGAAAAAAUCAAAGAGGCAAAAUAUUUUUCUGUAAUACUUGAUUGUACUCCGGAUGUAAGUAACCAUGAGCAAAUGACUUUAAUAAUUCGAUGUGUAGAUGUGUCAAAUGCUCCCAUAAAGGUAGAAGAAUAUUUUUUAGAGUUCUUAAAAGUGGAUGAUACAUCUGGAUGUGGGCUUUUUAAUGAGUUACAGGUUGUAUUAAAGCGUCUUGAACUUGAUAUUAAUAAUGUAAGGGGCCAAGGUUAUGAUAAUGGAGCUAACAUGAAGGGGAAAAACAAUGGUGUGCAAACAAGGUUUCUAAAAAUAAAUCCUAGGGCAUUUUAUAUGCCAUGUGCUUGUCAUUCUCUUAAUUUAACAGUUUGUGAUAUGACAAACUCUUGUGUUAAAGCUGUGUCAUUUUUUGGUGUUGUGCAACGCAUGUAUACUCUAUUUGCUAGUUCUACAAAGAGGUGGAAAAUUUUUCAAGAUCAUGUCCAUGGAUUAACUCUUAAACCAUUGUCAACAACAAGAUGGGAAAGUCAUAUUAAUAGUGUUAAAGCCAUAAUAACCCAAACUGAUGAUAUAAGAGAAGCUCUGUUUGAAUUGUCUAGGGUUAGUGAAGAUGCAAAAACAAAGAGUGAAGCUGAAUCUUUAGCUACACAUGAACUUGAAAAUUUUGAAUUUUUGUUGGGCAUGAGUAUAUGGCAUAACAUUUUGAAAAAAAUUGACUUGGUUAGCCAAAAAUUGCAAUAUGGAGAUAUGCAAAUUGAUGUUGCAAUAAAACAUUUGAAGGGGCUGGUCUCUUAUUUUGUAGACUAUAGGGAAAAUGGGUUCACAUUGGCCCUACUUUCUGCUAAAGAGAUUGCAUCAAAGAUGGAAAUUGACCCUAUAUUUCCUGAAAAACGUCAAAGUCGAAGAAAAAAACAAUUUGAUGAAAAUUACCAUAAAGAGAUAUUUCAAUAUGCUGAAGAAUCUUUUAGGAAUUUAUUUCAAAUGAAUUAUAUUAGAUUGCGUGAAUGUUGUAGAAAUCUUGAAGUUGCUUUAACACAUGAUAAUGAAUCUGAUAUUAAUGCUGAUGAUUUGUUUUCUGAAUUGGAAGUGUUACAAAUGUAUUUACCGAAAGAGACAAAGACAGCCAUUGAAGUUCUUGAGUUUGUAAAAGUUGUGGAUUGUUUUCCAAAUGUCUCAAUUGCUUAUAGAAUUAUAUUGACUCUGCCUGUAACUGUGGCAUCUGCAGAAAGAAGUUUUUCAAAAUUGAAAUUGAUAAAAUCUUAUUUGCGAUCAACUAUGUCACAAGAAAGGUUAAAUGGAUUGGCAAUCUUAUGUAUUGAAAAGAAUAUGUUGGAAAAUAUUGAUUUUGAAGAGGUUAUUGAUGAUUUUGCUUCUCAAAAUGCUAGAAGAUCAAGAAUUUUUCAGUGA